AUGGCCUUUACAGUUAUUCUCUUCGCAUAUCGGAAGCCAGGGAUGACGCCUGCAGCUUUCCGUGCUCACUACGAAAACAUUCACGUGCCGCUCAUGAAAGAGCUUGGCGGCAGCCUCUUCCCCGUGAGCCAUACGCGACGAUACAUCUCUCAGCUCCAAGUUGAUUCUGAGGAUGAGGCUCAGCGGUACCUACCUGAAGUGAUGAGCGGUUCACCAUCCGACCUCAGCUACAAUGCAAUUACGGAAAUGUCCUUUGACAGCAAGGAGGCUUUCCUAAAGUUUUCCGAACUGCUAGCUAAACCUCACAUCGCGCCCAAGGUUGCGGAAGAUUGUGCUGCGUUUCUGGAUGUUUCGCGAGUGCCAUUGGUCGUGGUUGUCGGGGAGAGGUGCGAGACUCGCUGUGACUCCUGUGUUUCUGGAGGAUAG